AUGGAUACCGCUAAGGCCCCCGUUAAGCUCGUCAAGGUCACUCGUGUCCUUGGCCGAACCGGCUCCCGUGGUGGUGUCACCCAGUGCCGUGUCGAAUUCAUGGACGACCAGACCCGAUCCAUCAUCCGCAACGUCAAGGGCCCAGUCCGCGAGAACGACAUUCUCUGCCUACUCGAGUCCGAGCGCGAGGCCAGGCGUCUGCGAUAA